UUUAUUUUUUUUUCAGAUACUAACAAUCAUCACGGCUAUGUCCUGCGAUAACGCUGAAAAAGGAGCAAUACGUCUAGCAAAACUGUGUAGCAUAAUGCAGGCCGAUGUUAAGGAUCCAAUUUUGAUUGAAGAACUUAACGAGCUAUCUAAAUUUAUAAUAGAACUAAGGCCUAAGUUUACCGUUUAUGGAUUUUUCGACGUAAACCAACAAACUAUACCAGUAUUUAUAUCGGCUCUUACUACAUAUCUGAUCAUUUUGAUUCAGUUUAAAGUGCAGAAAUAAUGUAGAUAUUUUGUAAAUUUGUUUUAGUGAAUAUGCAUUUAUACUA